AUGUCGAAACAGUUUGUUCGUUCUGCAAAGAACAUGGUGAAGGGCUACUCGUCCACACAGGUGCUUGUGAGAGACGCCACGGCGAACGACCCGAGAACCCCGUCGAUAGACACUCUUGAUGAUUUGGCGCAGAGGUCUUACGAUUCCGUGGACUUCUUCGAGAUUAUGGACAUGUUGGACAAGAGGCUGAACGACAAGGGGAAGUACUGGAGACACGUGGCCAAGUCGCUGACCGUUCUGGACUAUCUUGUUCGCUUCGGUAGCGAGAACUGCGUUCUCUGGUGCAGAGAGAACUUCUAUGUCAUCAAGACCUUGAGGGAGUUCAGACACGAAAACGAGUCUGGGUUCGACGAGGGCCAGAUAAUCAGGGUCAAGGCCAAGGAACUGGUCUCGCUGCUGAAUGACGACGAAAGAUUGCGCGAGGAGAGAACGAUGAAUACGAGGAACAGAAGGGCCACUAAGACUGUGAGACCCAGACCAAGAAGACAAAGAACGAGAAGCAACCCGUACGAUUCUCCCCCCACCUACCAGAAUGACCUGGAAAAGGCCCUGGAGGAAAGUAGAAUUACCGCUCAAGAGGACGAACUACGCAGGAAUGAAAUGGCCCAGUACGACGAUGAAGACCCUGAUUUCCAAGCUGCUUUGCAAUUGAGCAAAGAGGAAGAGGAGUUGAAGCAACUGCAAGAACUACAAAGACAGCAGCAGUCCCACUCCCAAGUGCAAAUUCCCCCACAACAACAGGCUGCAUACUACGAUAUUUUUGGUAAUCCAUUAUCUCAAGAUGAAUACCUACAGUACCAGUACCAACAAGACCAAGAGCAGGCGAUUGCACAACAAAGAUGGUUGGACCAGCAGCAAGAACAACAACAGCUAGCCGAGCAACAGUACUUCCAACAGGAGCAACAAGCUGCUGCAGCAGCCUUGCAACAACAACAAACCGCUGCCAAUAUGCAGCAACAACAACAACAGCAGCAGCAGGAGCCUGCUAAUUUCCAACAAGCUUUGCCCACGGGUUCCAACAAUCCAUUCUCCAUGGACAAUCUGGAAAGGCAAAAGCAGGAGCAACAACAUGCCCAGUUACAGAGACAACAAGAGGAAGCCAGACAACAACAAGAGCAACUAAAAAUGCAGCAACUACAAAGACAACAACAAGAGCAAGCCCAGUUACAGCAGCAAAGGCAACAGCAAGAGGCUCAGUUACAGCAGCAAAAACAACAACAAGAGGCUCAGUUGCAGCAGUACAGAUUACAAGAACAAGCUCAAUUGCAACAACAACAACAACCCUUGACACAAACGAGAACAGGCAACCAGUCCGUAUCAGAUAAAUAUAACGACUUAAACGUUUUGCUGGCAACUGGUACUGGCGCAGACACUUUUGGUAACACAGGGGAAGCGCGUAUUCCCGCCCAACACACCAAAACGGGCACUUUUAUAAAUUCUCAAGGUACAGGGUAUAAACAGGUUGUCAAUGAACCCAAGAACAACCCAUUUUUGAACAGCCAAUACACCGGUUUACCAAGUACAAGCAUCGUGCCCGCACAAACAGGUUAUGGGUUUGGAAACCAACCACCAAAUCCUGGCAUGAGUUCCCCCCCACAAAACUCUGCUAACGUGAACUACUCCCAACCUCAACAACCUCAACAACAGCAACAACAACAACCACAGUACACUCAAAACUACCAACAACAACAACCGCAAUACACGCAAAACUACCAACAGGCUUCUUCACAGCAACAGCAACAGCAACAGCUACAACAGCAACAGUUACAACAGCAACAGCUACAACAACAACAACAGCAACAACAGCAGGGAUAUGCCCCCGACCAAGGUAUAAGUUUAAUUGAUCUUUGA